AUGGCUUUCACCAGCCAAAGAAAACAGAACAUGUUUGCCCUAUUCCUCCUCCUUCAACUUGGGAAUUCCCAAGUGAUGUCCCGCAAACUGCAUGAAACAUCCUUGAGAGAAAGACAUGAACAAUGGAUGGUACGAUAUGGCAAAGUGUACGAGGAUGCUGCAGAGAAGGAGAAACGUUUCCAGAUAUUCAAGGACAAUGUGGAGUUCAUUGAAUCAUCCAAUGCUGCUGGCAACAAACCUUACCAACUUGGUGUUAAUCACUUUGCUGACCUCACACUUGAGGAAUUCAAGGCUUCGCGUAACGGACUGAAAGGCCCUCGUGAGUUUAGCACAACACCAUUUAAGUAUGAAAAUGUGAGGGCUAUUCCUCAAGCUGUAGACUGGAGGGAAGAAGGAGCUGUUACUCCAGUCAAAGACCAAGGUCAAUGUGGGAGCUGCUGGGCAUUUUCAGCGGUGGGGGCUAUAGAGGGUAUCCACCAAAUGACCACAGGUAAUCUGGUGUCCCUGUCGGAGCAAGAGCUUGUGUCAUGUGACACAAAAGGUGAAGACCAAGGGUGUGAUGGGGGUUACGUGGAAGGUGCAUUUGAGUUCAUAAAAAACAAUGGUGGAAUCACCAGUGAGGUUAACUACCCCUACAAGGGAGUUGAUGGGAAAUGUGAGGUUGCAGCCAGACCAGUGGUUCAAAUCAAGGGUUAUGAGAAUGUUCCUCCCAACAAUGAGAGUGCACUCAUGAUAGCUGUGGCUAACCAACCAGUGUCAGUUUGUCUUGAUGCAAACAAUGAAGAUUUCAUGUUCUAUGGUGGAGGGGUUUACACAGGAAAAUGUGGAACUGAUCUAGACCAUGCUGUUACUGCAGUGGGUUAUGGCACAGAAAAUGGAACUGACUAUUGGCUACUGAAGAAUUCUUGGAGCACUAAUUGGGGUGACAAAGGAUACGUAAAGAUGCAACGAGGUGUAGCUGCAAAAGAAGGUUUAUGUGGAAUUGCCAUGGAUUCGUCUUAUCCAACGGCUUGA